AUGGACUUGUUCAACUCCAGAUCGCUUUUCCGGCAGAUCCACCAGAACAACCUCAUUGCCAACUCUGUGGCAGACUCUAACAAUGACUUUAGUACCAUCUCCAAUGUGCUCAUUCAUCAGACAUUGGUUCUAAGAGAAAAUCUCAAAUACUGGUCCGCCGUUAAGCACUCGCUCAUCUACAAGUUAUACUACGGAUUACAGACGUUGCCGAAACGAGCGUACGCGUUCUUCCUCCAGGUACGUGCCGACGACUGGAAGGUUCAGCAUGUGCCCAACAUCGUCAAGGCGGUGGAAGACGACAUCAACUGCAACAUCUCCACCAUCAAACGCCAGUUGCUGGAUACUUACAAAAAAUUGGGACAUAUCGUGGCGCACAAAGAUAAACUCGGGGAAUUGAACCCCGAUGACUACAGACUCGCGGCCGUGCAGCUGCUCGAGCCGGGGUUCUGGACCAGGUACUGGAUUCCGUUGGUGUUGGCAGUACUCAUUGGACCCACACUCUCGUUCAAAGUGGUGCGCAACCGGUCGAGAAUCUUGGACUGGCUCAACAACAACGUGCGUGACGUGGCAGUGGGCUUCUACGACAACUGGCUCAUCAAGCCGGUCGGGGAUGUGAUCAAUAUCAUCAAACAGGAUUCCAAUAUCAUCGCCGCGAAAGAGUCGUUGAAUUCGCUGGUAUCGUCAUUGGAACGCAUGGUCCGUGACUACAUCACCGACAAUCACAUCCCGGUGCAAGAAGUCGACUUAAAGCACCAGCUCGAGCUCGGCGACUUGACGUUGAUCAUGUCCAAAUACGAGAAGGAAAUGAAGAGUCCUGUGCGCAAUUUGGUGAACGGGACUUUGAUUCGCAGCCUUUUGAUCCAGAUCCAGAAAACCAAGGUCGACGGCGACUUGGUGAUCAAUGGAAUCGACAAGUUGAUGAAGAGCCAGCAGUUGUUGUUAGGAAUUGUGUCCAUUAGUCCAUCCAUAUUUAUUGUGUACCAAUUAGCCAAAUACUUGUCUCGGCCUAACUUUAUCAUCAACGGCAAGGACUUGAAAAAAAGCUGUUUGGGAAACUUGGUGGGGUUGCAACUCGACGACGACGACGAGCUGAGAGGCGUGUUGUUGGUCAACACCAUCAACUUAAAGAUCGAGAGCCGGUUAUUUUUGAGCAAGUCAGUUUUUACCAUGCUCGAGGAGGAUUUAAACCGGUUACUUGCGGGAGAGGAUACGCUUAUGAAGUUGUACGUGGUGUACCUGGGAUAUUUCCAGUGAGGGCCGAGCGGCCAAUGGGAGACGGAAGGACUUUUGGCCGCGAAGGUGCCGGUGCCACACCUGGGUCCUCCCCUCCUUGGCUAUCUGGCUAAUCUCGAAUCAAGCAUCGCGGCCGGCGCACGACCCCCUCCCCCACAUUUCCCGGUGAUGUGGGGAGGAGCACCGUUGGUGCGCCGGCACCACCAACCCACCACACCUUUAUCGGGGGUGCUGAAGGUUGAGUGGUUGGUUGGUGGUAACAUCAAUGGUGAACACCUUCCUUUUUUAUGUGUAUAUAUCUCCGUUUCCCCGGAUUCGAGCCUGUCGCAACCCUGGAAUUUAUAAAAACCUACAAAAUCUUCUGCCCCUCUUUUUACCUUCAUGUGUAUAAAACCCACAGGCAUUUCUGGUUAUGCAAUUUUUUGUAAAAUUGUCAAGCCCUUCUAUGAGUAAUUUUGGAUCCAAGACCCCUAGCGGUAACGCCCGGAUCUUUAACUGCCUCAAAUGCAAUAAAGCAUUCACCAGAGACGAGCACCUAACCAGACACAUCUUGUCGACUCAUAAUAAAUUAAAACCCUUCAUUUGUGGCAUCUGCUCGAGGCCGUUUUCCAGACGAGACUUGCUUUUGCGCCAUGCAAAGAAUCUCCAUCAGGGCCUGGAGAAAAGUAUCAAUCGGCUCCGGAAGCUGAAGAAACGAGAAAAUAGUAUUGGCAGUACCAGCAGCGGCAGCGGCGAUGAGGAAGACGAACCUUCUCACCACCCAACUCGUAGCCAUGCCACCAGCCCACACGAUGAGGCAUCGAAGAAGAUGUCUGUCAGCAUGCUUAUAACCUGAGACAAGUGGUUGGGUGAUUCCCUUGAACUGGUUGUGCGGGGGUCUAUUUAUUUAACGAGUCCAUGAAACUGCGACUUGAGACUUUGCUCCUCGAGUUUAUUUAUCUAUUUAUGACUGAAUGUAUAAAUGUACAAAUUUGUAUACAAAGUCAAUGAGUGGUGGAUUAUAGUGGGCGAUGGAGCACACUUUUAUUAUAAUAGUGUGCUGAAGGAGCGAAGCUGGUCCAUGCCAAAGGCGGUGGAUGCAGAGGUUUUGGACUUUGAUUAUUUGGCGCUUUUGUUUGCAAAGGCCC